UUGAAGUACAGUGUGGUUCCACAAACGAAGCGUCUGUGUACUCCUUACACCAGUCCAAGUUUCCAUUUAGAAGCAAUAUAAUAAUGAACCAACUGAAAUAUAUGUAUCAAGACAUCCAGCCUGUUGCUUUGCACAUACCUGAAGAGAGGACCACUUCCAGGCUUUAUUCCACUAAUGUAGAGGGUAUUGAAGGUCAAGUGUCUAAUCUCAUUGAAAUGUUCCUUGUUGAAGUCUACAGGUGUAAAGUGUGCCAAUUCACUAGCAGCCUAAAAAAUAAAAUUAAGUCACACAUCACCAAUCAGCAUGAGCAUAGUGUUACUUGUCAUCCUUUAGUGUGUUCAGCUAAGGAAGCAGCGCCAUUGGAGGAAGAUACCCCUUAUCCUGUGCAAGAUGACAUAAAUACGCAAAACAAAGAAAAUGAAGAUACUAUGGAAGAAAACUUGGACCGUAUUUCUUUCCUUCUUCCAAUGUACAGAAUGUUUCACAAUAUCAGCCCACAGUCUUGUGACAUGGGCUUUGGCACUAACAAUGAUGGUCUUCAUGUGGCGCAAACCUGUGAGGUAAGUACUCUGUUUGAAGAGGAGUCCAACCAAUUCCAUUUGGAGGAUACUGGUUCUGUAGAGUCUGGAACUCUGUCUUGCCCCAUGAGCUCCACUUGUGAAGACCAGGAUGAUGAAAUGGCUCAGUCAGCUCACUUAAUGUCUUUAGGCCUCUGCAGGAUUUCAAGUAUAAAAACCCAACAUCUAAUCGGAGAAGGGAACAAAAGUGUACGGCAAACUAAAGAGAGCCCAGAGAAUCAUUUGUCAGAAAAACAAAUUAAAGAUGGCCAGUUUAUCUCCCAGGUAACAUGUGAUGGCUCAAAAGAAGGAAAAGAUACUAACUUCCCAUGCAGUCUGUGCAAUCUUCAUUUUCCCUGCAAGACACUUUUAGAGCUUCAUGUCAAGUGUCAUGAAGGAGAACAGAAUUUCAAAUGUUUGCACUGCAGUUUUUUCUCAACAGAUUGGGCGGCAUUGGAAAAACACUUGAAAGAGCACAGCAAACAACGCAGGUUUUUUGGUUGUUCUCUAUGUGACAGAUCUUUUAGAACUUGCCGUAUAAGAGACAAACAUGAGAGGAAGCACCGUAGGAAGACAAGUGACACUCAGUGCACGACCUGUCUGAUUAUGUGCUCUUCAGCACUUGAGAGGGACCAGCAUAUGGCCUGUCAUUUUGAAGACACCUUUAAAUGUUUGCACUGUAUUUUUACAGAUAAAUCAUGGAGCAAAGUUUAUAAGCACCUAUGCACAACACAUGGGCAAAUUGGAAAGACACAUGCAUGCCCAGAAUGUGACAAGCGCUUCUGCAGAAAAGUUGAUAUUGAAGACCAAACAGUGCCUUUCAAGAACCCUAGUCAGUAUCAUUGCCCAAUGUGCUCAAGCAUUUUUCAAAAUCAACAUCAACUGGAUUUGCACAACAGUCAAGAGCAUCAAGUGAGAAUGAAAAAGAUUAAAAGAAGAAGCAUUUUCAAGAUCUCUGAAGAAGGCAGACCAUGUCUAGGCUCAGGAUCACACAAGAGAGGAAACUUAGAAAAAGAUGUAAUGUGUCACCUAUGCAGCAGAAAGUUUUCCUCCAAAUUGGCUUUGCAAAGGCAUAUGGGAAUCCACAGUGGUGUGAAGCCCUAUGAAUGUCAAGACUGUGAUUACAAAACCAGGCUGAAAGCAUCUCUAAUUCAACACAAGCGCAUCCAUACAGGAGAAAAACCCUUUAAAUGCAGUCAGUGCUUGUAUGCAUCCAUUGAUGCCAGCUCUCUGCGAAGACAUUCCAGGACACAUAGUAAUGAGAAGCCUUACCAGUGUCAGCAGUGCACUUACAGCUGCAUUCAGAAAAAAAGCCUUGAUCUGCAUGUUCGCAGACAUCACACUGGGGAGGUAUUUGCCUGUAAUUUAUGCAGGUACUCCUCACCUGAUAAGCAGCUUCUGCACCGACACCUGAAAAAGCGUCACGAGAAUGUUGUUCAGUAGAUUCAUUUUGGAAAGGCCAUGUAACUGUAGGAUAGCCCACUAACCAGUCCUCUUAGAACUGGUAAGGCUGUGUCAAAAAUUCUAUGUUAACUUUUUUUUUGGUAGCAAUUCAACCUGUAAAAUUAUAUUUAAUUUAGACUAGUACAUUUUUUCUGAAGAAUAUACUACCUGAAACCACAGGUGUAGAACAAACUGUUUACUCACGAUUUCUUAAAUUUGUUUCUAUAUACUUUCUUUACUUCUGUUAAUUAUAACAUGACAUAAAUACUCCCUGUAGACGUUUUUCUAAUUGUUUUCUGUAGUUGCUCUUUAAUGAAUGAAAGUCAUUUGCACUGGUCACAAUAGUAUAUGAGAUUAUGAUAAUAGAAAUGUAAUAUUUAUUAAAUGUAUUCCAAAGAAUUCAAGUUUAAUUUUUAUUUGUCCAGACAUGUACAUAUAAUUUAAUUAGGACAGCCAUGUUUUUCUUCCUAUGAAAUGAUCACCUAAUAUAACAACAUAUUUUUGUUUAUGAAUUUUGUGCUUCAUUUUUGGAAUUUAAUGGUUUUCUUUGUAAAAUAUAGAUUUAUCUUUCGUUGUGUAUACAUACUGUACUUAAUGUAUAUUGUAGCUUUUCUUGUUUUAUUUGUUGUAUAAGAGAUGCAUUAUUACUUUAGCAGCAUUGUAGUACCAUAUAUUUUUAUUUCUCAACCCUAAACAAUCAUCUUUAAUGUAUUAUAAGCGUGGAAGAAGAUGGACUGGCAUCCCAGUUGGGACUGAAGAUAAAUUCAUACUUGGUCUGGAAGCUCAAAUGGAAGGACAACAACAAUGUUGGUACAAUCCAACUGGUGGGAU